AUGCCUCCGAAAAAAAUUAGGAAAUCUCAUCAAUCUCACCCUGAAACGUUACUCGUUUCAAAAGAUCAGACUAUUUUAACGCGUAAAUAUAAUCAAAUCAAAAAGGUUACAGGAGCUUCGAUUAUUCAAGAUUUUGAACCUUUAUUACAACCACCAGAUGGUGUUACAGUUAGCGACUGGCUCAUCAUCAACGUAAUGGAAUUCCUAGACAAGACAGAUAAAUUAUACCAAUGCUGUUCUUUGUUUUGCACAACAGAAACAUGUCCUUUAUUUAACGCUGGUCCUCACUACAACUUCUUUUGGGAAGAUGAGAGCAUCCAAGAUCCAGUACAACUUUCAGCUCCGGAAUAUCUUUUACAAUUAACAAAAUGGGCUAGACGCAACUUAGCCAAUACAGCUCUCUUCCCUAGGAAAGAUGGAUUAGAAUUAUCCGCUGAUGCUUACGACGUAUUGCGAGCAAUAUACAGAAGGACGAUAAGAAUUUAUGCUCAUCUUUAUGUCUGUCAUUUCUCUUCUAUUAAAGAAAAUGGCAUAGAACCGGUUAUCAAUACGGUCUUUGGACAUUAUUCGCAGCUUGCUUUACGCUAUCAGAUGAUUGAUGAAGAAGAUAUUGAAAUGCUUAUGCCGGUCUUCAACGCAAUGCAUAUAUCAUCUACUCCAUAA